GAAGCGUGAUGAAAAAAUGGACCCCCUGCCAUUCGAGAAACCUCACUGGAAGUGACUUAAUUCGGAACUUCCAAGGUCUCUCUAUAUUUGCCUGUCUCACAAAACAGGUGAAAUACACGAAAAGAAGAGAUGAGAAAGUAGUCGUGUAGAAACUAGAAAGGAAGAACGAAGCUUUAAGUCGAAAUAAGGAAGCACAGUUGCUAAUCAAUCUCCAUUGUCUAAGGAGAUCAACACACUACAGACAAAAUAGAAAAAAAACUCAUCAUCCCUCGCUUUCUGCUUCCCUUGCUUUAAUAUAUAUAAAAGAAAAAACCCCACCCUGGCCUUGUUAACAAUCAACAAUAAUUUUAAGAAAAUUACCUAUUUCCUCUUUCUUUGGGUUUUUUAUUUGAAGUUUGGGAGUGGGUUUUUUUUUGUUUUUAAUUUGUGAUGGAUCCACCAGCUAUGAUGAGCGAUGGAGGAUACAAUCCAGCGGAGAUCUGGCAGUAUCCGCUGAGUGAAUCUGCGAUAAGGGGGAGUCAGUUUGGACCUGGGUUGGCUCAGUUCGGGGACCCGAAUCGAGAGGUUUCGGCCAAUGAUACGGUUAGCUUGGAGACGCUGCUGCAGCAGCAGAGACGGGGUGGUGUGAGGAGAAGGCGUGACGGGGAAGAUGAAGCGGCUAAGGUUGUCUCCACUAGUAGUGGCAAUGGCGUGAAUGAUGGUGAUGGGAAGAGACUUAAAACAUCAGGAGGUAGAGACGAGAAUCAUGAUUCUAGAGCUGAAGCAGAACCCAGUUCAGGCAAGCCUGUGGAACUAAAAGCUCAACCACUCGAGCCACCUAAACAAGAUUACAUCCACGUACGAGCAAGACGGGGUCAAGCUACUGAUAGUCACAGUUUAGCAGAAAGGGCUAGGAGAGAAAAGAUUAGUGAAAGAAUGAAAAUUCUUCAGGACCUGGUCCCUGGUUGCAAUAAGGUCAUUGGCAAAGCACUUGUCCUUGAUGAGAUAAUUAAUUACAUUCAAUCACUACAGCGUCAGGUUGAGUUUCUCUCAAUGAAGCUUGAAGCAGUCAAUUCAAGAAUGAACCCUGCCAUUGAAGUAUUUCCUCCUAAAGACUAUGGCCAACAAACGUUUGAUGCUGCUGGUAUGGCAUUUGGUUCACAUGCGACAAGGGAAUACAGUCAUGGUACAUCACCAGAGUGGUUGCAUAUUGGUGGUGGUUUCGGAAGAACAACAUAAUCUAGAAAACCCCUGGCAAUUACUAAUAAGAGCAUUAAUUUAAAAUGCUUCCUUCUUGAGUUGUUGCCAGAGAAGUAUACUGCAUCAUUUUAAACUAAAGAGACUUUAUAUUUCCUUUCUCAACAUAAGGCAUGGAGCCACAAUUGAUGUCCAAAUGAAUGCUAAAGUUAGUACCUGAACAUCUUCAUCGAUGUGUUUUGGAGAAUAUGUUCGUAUACUCCAUAUAUCAAAAGUUAGGCUUCACAGCCUUCUCUGUACUCAUACCCGAACAGAAUCUCCUAGAAUGAUUAUUGUUCUUGUACAUGAAAGUUGAUUGUUCAGAAUUACUGAUGCUUACAUGUUGAGUCAACUUUGUUUAAACAUUUGAGUUUGUUAAAAUGCUGAAAUUGUGAUCAAUAAAUAAACCCCGUUUAUCUUUUAUUUUCCUUAUAUGCUUCUAAAAGUACAAGAUUGACAUCUGCUUUUUACUAGUAUCCCUUUUUCCUAAUAUUAUACAAAAUUUCCGGUGCAAGAUUCCCUUCUGACUGGUAAUAUGCCCUCACCUGUUCCCUCUCACCUUUUCCCCCUUCAUCAUAGUUUAUUCUACCCUUUUCUGUUGAUCGUAUGAAUUCUGAAAGAACAGAAGGGAUGGGGAUGAAGUUGGGUAGAACGUUAGGGGGAUGCUGGAUCGAAGCCCGACUUGGUGCGACAACACUAGGGCCAGUUACAACUCAGCCAUGAAUGGUUGCCUCCUCCAUUACAGUCUUUUGAUGAAUGAUAUUUAGCGAAUAUCUAGAGGAAUAUCUCAAGCUGUUCAUGCCUGCUCAUGCAGGAUGCAAACCUUAAACGCAUGAAAAGCUUUAUAGCAGGGCUUCCAAGUUCAGCUAGUCAUAUUGGUCUAAGAUGCUGGCGUACUGAUCGUAGGUUUCGCUGUUUACAUAACACAUCCUGGGUGCAUCAAUAACAUAAGAAUAUUUGAAAGCAUUUAAGUCUGGAAAAGCAUGUACUGAUUUGAGUUGUACAGUCUUAUACUUUCUGAUCAUUAAAUUGGUGAAAAGGAACUAAUUUCCAGCCUUGAACAGUGAGGUUAGGCUACAUGAACCAUUCGAUCAAUAUUAUAUUAUCAAGAAGUACGAUUAUCACUUUUAUAAGAGGAAAAAGUAGCACAUCCGUAUAAAAUUCAAAAUCCAUAGAUCUUUUGGAGUCAGGAAUCUGGAGCCGAAUCCGAUAGAGAUAACUUUAAUAUUUAGCCUUUACCCAAUGGUGGGGUUAUGUUAUUGGCUGUGCAGAGCCAAAGGAACCUUCACCCUGAUUAAAACCGUUCCCACUUGAUUGGAAAUACGAAACAGUAGCCAAAAUCACAUGUAGAAGCACGAUAAGCACAAACAUUAUACCUCCAGGAGUGCAAACCACCUGUGAUCAAAUAGCUAAUAUCAUUUCGGUUUGGCAAUCAUCUUCAUUAGGAAAGCAAGGUGAAGGUAGCUUUUGAAGAUUGAUACUGUUGGCAGCAUCAGUUGAUAGCAGUAGUAACUUUAUCCAACUCUUCAAUAAUGGAUAGGUCUGCCUUAGACCCUCAAUCAAUUGAAUCUUAUCUAACUUUGCAGCUUGUUUUCUAUCACGUAAGAAUUGAUAAUACUGACAGAUUUAGGAUAAUAUCCAAUGUAAUGCUGUAUUCAUUAGUUACGGC